GAAGAACUCUGUGGUCUAUGGCAUAGAUGUGGAAAAUUCCAGACUCGGGAAAAGAAUCAAGAAUAGUGAAUUUCCAUUAGAUUUUUGAUUGAAUAUCUACACGUGAAAAAUCUUGCUUUAACCAACUUAAUUUGAUUAAUUAUGGAGCAAAAAAUCGAAGAGCUGAAGAAAGAUAUUUCCGAAUUGGAAACGCUUUUAAAACAAUCUGAUAGACAAAGAGUUAAAGACAUUUUGAGCAUUGAGUUGAGGAGAUUGGUGUCAGAACAUGUUAAGCUUGAGGAUACACUGAAAAAUGAAAAAAUCACACCCAGCACACCUAUUAUAUCAACUGAUAGAAGAUAUCAAGUCAAGCUAAAUAAUUAUGCAUGGGAUCAGUCAACAAAAUUUGUAAAAUUUUUUGUAACUGUUCCUGGAGUUCAUAACAUUCCUGCUGAAAAUGUUGUAUGCAAGUUCACCCCCAAAUCUCUAGAAUUAGAUAUAAAGGACUUGGACAAUAAGGAUUAUCUAUUCACUAUAAAUAAAUUAUUAAAUCAAAUAGAGCCAGAAACAAGCACUUGGAAAGUUAAAACAGACAUGGUUGUUAUAAGUGCACAAAAGAUGGAUCCUUCAACUUGGUCCCACGUUACAGAGAUUGAAAAAAAAGUCAGUGAUGCUAAAGCCAAGAAAUAUGAUUUGGAUAAAUCUGAUAAUCCAAAUGAUUCCCUCAUGAAUUUAAUGAAGAAAAUGUAUGAAGAAGGGGAUGAUGAAAUGAAGAGGACUAUCGCUAAAGCCUGGACUGAAGGUCAAAAUAAGAAAAACUCAUUAGAUUUAUAAAAUAUUUAAAAAAAUUGUGUUCCUUUUAUUUUUUUAUCCAGUUAUAUCUACUCGAAGUAUUUUCAAAGUAAAUCGUUAAUUUUA